AGUUCAGGGUACGGCAAGGAUGGUGACAACUUUAAUCCUGCAAAGUUGCCGAGACCAAUGCGUGCCCGGAUGAUGGACGAUUUCGAGAGAACUUCUGAGAAUGCGUUAUGCGUCUCCACUUCCCCUCGCCACCCGCCCCCGCCUACGAUGAUGAUCAAACGCUGA